AUGGAUUCAUCUACAGAAGUUGGGUUUUUCCGCCUAAUCACGCUAUCACCAGGCCGAUGGGCCGACGAAAUAUGUUGUACACUUAAACCUUACAACAGAUUUCGCGACCAAUUUCCUCCCUACAAAGCCCUAUCAUAUGUCUGGGGGCGUUGGGGACGACGAAACAUCCCAGAGAUCUUGGUUAAUGGCAACAAAGUCAAAGUGACAACCAAUCUUGAAGCUGCCCUAAAACAUUUGCGAGAACAAGAAAAGGAAAUAACUCUCUGGAUAGAUGCACUGUGCAUUGACCAAAGUAACAUCCCAGAGCGAUCAUCGCAGGUUGCUCAAAUGCGAGAGAUUUAUAGUAUAGCUAGCGAGGUUAUCAUAUUUCUCGGCAGUGAGCAAAACUGCACCAAAUCAAAUCCUCGGUCGUCCGAAAGUCAGCGCCCUCUCGAGAAAUUUGGAAUUGGUCCAACAGAUGCUUUGCUUGCAAGGCAAAACUUCGACAUCUGGAAGACAUCACCCUUGAAGGUGCCAGUCCAAGCCUUUGAAGUUUUCUCUCUGUUGACUAUCAUCGCCGGAUACGAAUCCUCCUCGAGCCUUUUGAAACUUCCAAAGGAUAUUCCAGAAGCUCAUAUGGCUGCAUUUUGUGAGGCAUUACGAUGCACACUACUUGUCCCCUGGUGGGAGCGCAUAUGGGUGGUUCAAGAAGCGGUUGUCGCUAAAAAUAUUACUUUAAGAUACAGCAACGCUUCGGUUUCAUGGGAGUUGCUAGUCAAAGUUGCAGAAGUCUCCUCUCGAUGGGAGGAUGGGUAUGGAGAAUAUCGUACUUUUAUCUCAGCCAGCGACCUCAAAGUUUUCAACCUUUUCUCGCGUGUCUCCAGCCUCAAUCAAUUCCGCAGAAACUGGAAAGAGUCUGGGGGGGCAGAUAUCCUUUCACUACUACGGAAUUUUGGUCAUCGCAAGGCUUCUGAUGAUCGAGACCGAGUUUACGCUCUUCUAGGGUUGUGCAACCAAGGAAUCUCCAUUCAGCCUGAUUACCAGCUAGAUGUGACAGAAGUGUAUACGGCGCCAAUAAUCCAGACCAUAAAGAGUACUAAAUCUCUGUCUGUUUUAUAUGGCGAUCAUAGUCGCAAAGGGAGACAUGAUUUAUCGUCUUGGGUUCCGGAUUGGAGUGCAAACCUUGAUGAAGAUGAACGCCGACGUGCUGAGCUUUUCACUCUUUAUGAUGCUUGU